AUGGAUGCAGAUGCACUUUUAUGCAACAUCUGCCCCAAACGUCCCACGUUCAGCGAUGUAUCUCACUUGCUGACCCACGUCGCUUCAAAAGCCCAUCUCUCUCAUUAUUUCAAGCUUCAGGUACGCAGUCAUCAGGAGCAACAAGCAGUCGAUCUACUGGACGAAUAUGACCAUUGGUAUAAGACCAACAAUCUCGGGAGAUUGCUUUCGGACCGAAUGUCCUCAAAGGAAGCUCGAAAGAAGAAGACAUCGACAAAGCCCACGACCCACGCAGAAGUCAAGGUCGAGAAGUCAGAUGUCGCACUAUCUGUUCUUCCCCUGUUACAUAACCCAUUUCCGGACUAUCUAGACCCUCGCCUCGCUGAUACCUACAUCGAACGACCGUUGAAACUUCCACACGCUGGAUCAACCUCCUCGGUGUCCUAUGUUACUCGAACAGACCCUUCCGCCCAGACGUGCCAGUCCUACUCUCACACAAUGCACGGAAGUGAGUCCAGGGAUACUGAGUACGAGCUUUGGAAACGUGAGCCCAGAGGUGAUGUGAUUGCGUCCGACGAUGGCUUUUCUGUUAUGCCGUAUUGCACAAGUCCAAGAGAGGACAGAAUGGUGACCGGCACAAAUACAAUGAAUCGCGGAUACAGAAGCGAUCCCUUCCUGGAUGAAAGUGAGAGCAUUGACUGCCCUUUGUCCGACCUUCUGGACAAAGAGAGGGCGGAUGAGAUGGCUAGACUUAAGGGCAUCCUGUGGCCUGGGAUGGACAUCUUCGAUUCUGCUACAGAACAGAUGAGGCGUCGACGUAACCAAAAGAAGGAUGAGAGCAUCUUGAGGAUGAUGGAAAAGACCUCCCUCUGCGUCGAGCCGACAGAACUUGUCUUCUCUCCAACGGGAAUCCUCCGAAAGCAACGGGUGAUCUCUGGCAACGUUGAGGAUUGUAGCCCGCUCAAGGGUGAAACGCCCGUACCCAAAAGACGAGUCAGCCGCCCCAAGAGGGUUCUCUCGCAACUUGACGCUAACGUUAACCGUCGGCAACAUGGACCGAACAAGAAGAGAAACAAAAAGACCGAAAGGCAGGGUGUCGAGUGUAUUGGCGAGCAUUUCCCGAGUGCUGCUCAAACACGUCAGGGCCAAGUUUCGAUAUACCGGAGGAGCUGCGCAGACGAUCAGGCUAAGUCUGUCCCUAAGAGAAGGAGCGGGCUCAAGGAUCGCAACGAGUUCGCAGUAUACCGUGACGAGGAAGGGCAGCACCGGCGAAGCUCGAGGAACCAGCAUACCGGUGGUGGAUUGUCAUAUGCAGCAUCUGCCGUUUCUCACCCCAUUUUCCUACUGCGCGAAUACACAACCCGCACGGACGAGUGUGCGUCCCGCUCCGCUACUCAUCUAUCUGCAUUCACAGAACGUACCGCUGUUGAGACCAUGGAUAAGGAGAACAUCGAACCUCUCUUCAAUGCCUGCGGCCGCAUUGAUCCUGGAGUGGGCUGGCGUUCCCCUGCCAUGAAGCAACAUCUAGCAAAUGACAUAGGUUACCCGCCACAGCUCUUCUAUCAGAAUGCUCAAUCUGCCGGUUUGAGUCCAUUUGGAGGUCAUGAUAGUCCCGCAGAAUAUCACUACAAUCCUCUAUCAGUCUCGCUGGGCAGACUACCUGUUGAAGAGGCUCAAUUGAGUACCCUGAACUCACAGGUAGGUGCUGAUUAUAAGGCACGGCCUGAGUCCCCUGAAGGCACAAUCUCAGAUGCCGAGGAAGGGGAAUUCGAGCGGCUCUACCUGCCUGGAAGCUCUUGUUAA